AUGGGUAUCGAAAAAGGCAAUCACAAGGAGCCAACUACAGACGAGAGGAAGCCCCUCGCAAAAUGCAAAAGCUUCUCUUUCUGGUUCGGUUUUGUUUGUUACAUAGCAUGUUCUAUUGUUGGGUUCGUUUGGUUGCACAAAGUGAACUCUCGCGAAAAACCAGUUCCGAAGAUAGAACUAGCUUCUAUGGAUUUCACGGUGCUUAAUAUCACAGACACUCGUUUAAGUGCAAAGUGGGAUGUGUCGAUACGGAUCCCCUACGAUCUUCCUGGUCGCUAUAUAUGUCUUCAAGGAGACUUUCAAGCUUCCUUCAUGUACAAGGAUGUUACUCUUGCUACCUCUUCCCCACAAAAUGUAAUCAGGUACAAAGAUCUCAAAUACCGUGAAGCUCAGGUUCUUAAGGUUUCAGCAGGUGUCUCGGGAGAAGAUAUUUAUGGUUUGAUAGGCAAAGAUAUAACUGAAGAUAUGAAAGGAAAGAAGGAAGUGCGGUUUGGAACGCGUUUUUAUCUCACUGAUUGCAGGGAAAAGACAACUGGUACUAUGAGAUACGCAUGUGAUGAUGUCACCUUGCGAUUCGAACCAGGUUCCGAGAUGAAGGCGGCUUUGUUUGGGAUGAACCCUAGAUGCGUGGUACGAAAAGAGAAGCCGUGAUUAUAUUAUCUUAAACUAGAGAUUCAUCGAUCCUUUUCUUUUUAACAUCAAAUUCAUGGAUCUUACACUAUUACACUAUUAGCUUAUUUGAUUACCAAAUCGGCGAAAUCUUAACCUAGCUAGUUAAACGUAUGAUAUUUCUAUCUUACUGAUUGCGUUUAUUUUUCCGAACUUAAAUGAAGUUAUUUUCCAUUUAUAUCAGUUCUGCAACAGUUUCACAUCAUUAACAGUUGGAAAUCCUUGAAAAGGAUGAGAUGGUGCGAGGUUCAUCCACCACGGACCAACAAAGUGUCCAAAACAAUAAACAAAUGAUGAGUUAUGAGAACUAAGUUACUUGCACAAUUUGUCAAAAAAAAAAAGUUACUUGCACAACUUUGUAAAAACAUUCUACAGGAUGGCUACAAAUUAUUUGUCUUUUUCCUUUGCGUAGAACUACCCAGCCAGUCACAUUUAUUUUGGAUAGCUUAGUUUGACAUUUUAUAUUCUUCAGACCCAUUCUUCUUCUUUAUAUUGCAUUAUGUUUACCAACAAUCUUAAUUGUUAAAUAUCUUCCAAGUACAACCAAAUUCAUUCACUGAUAGUGACAAGUAACGCAUUAAAAUGCUUUUUGACACUUAACACACCAAACUGAAAAAUAUAUUGUUUGUAUAGAGGCCCAUUUACAAACUAUAGUUUUAAAAAAACAUAUUACUUGGGCCAAAAAUAAGCAUUGUCAAUCGUAGAGGCAAGGGCCUCUGUAAUUAACAGGUUAACCUAUCCAAAUUUAACCAACCAUAUGCUAGAUCUUAACAUAGCUCAUGGGCCUAAACUUUGGUCCCAUGUUGACUGAAACCAUUAAAAAAUAAAUAGUCUAUGUUACUGUUGAUAGACCCAUUACACCCUAUAAGUAUCUUGUCUGUGAUGUCACUAAUUUUCCAGCUGGCACUGGUUUUUCUAAAUCUCAGGGUAUGAAUAUUGAUCAAAGAAUUAUAAGGAAUAAUGCAUUCGUUAACAUUUUUUAGAAAAAUCAUCAUUCACAAGGAAUAAUUUCUCAUUCUCAUUCCCUCACAUUCCCUUUUUAUAGAGAAAUAAAGAACAAAAUUGUUCCUUGUUAAAUUUGAGAAAAAACGAUCAUUUUUUUUAUUUCUGCUAUUUUAUUUAUUUACAUUUUUUGUAUAUUCGUUUUUAUUGUUUCCAGAAUGAUCAUUAGUAAGACCUUUUGUAAGACCUUUUGUGGCGGUUUAAACAAUAUAAAUUAUUUUAAACCUAUAGAUUGUUAUAAAGUUUAAUUAAUAGGAGUUUGAUUUGGUUUUUGUUUUAAAGUAAACGAACUUUUCAUUUUGAAGAUUAUUUACUAGUAUAUUUUAAAUAAAUGAUGGAAAGAAUCAAAUAAUUGUGCAAGCAUAAAAUUAGGAAAAAUCUUAUGAUUAUCUUCUAUAAUUAAUAUAAGUAAAUAAAAUAUCAAUC